AUCGUACCGGAACCAGUUUACUGCCGCAAAACAGUUGCAAGACAGCGACUGAAACGAUUUUUGAAGCUUUGGGAGAAGAAACCUUCCUACCGAAGCAAGAAUCUGGACGUUUGGUUGGCGAAAGCCUUUUCCCACGAGACAUACGUAAUCGAUGGAAAAACAGAUAUCGUGAUAUUAAUCCAUGUUAGUUUCAAUCGAUUUUCUCAUUGUGAAAUUUCAGAUGAUUCAACCCGAGUUCUUCUUGAUUCCGGUACUGACGGGGAUUACAUAAACGCUAGCUAUGUCAGUGUUCCCGUUGCCCCUUCGCGAAAGUAUAUAUUAACCCAAGGUCCUAUGCAACAGACAGCGUCACACUUUUGGCUUAUGGUAUGGGAACGUCGAUCGCCAGCCAUAGUAAUGUUGAAUCGAAUAUUCGAGAAAGGAACUAUGAAGUGUCACCCGUACUUCCCUGACGAAAACUUCCGAUCAACCCUAAUGUUUGAGGAUAUCAACUUGUGCGUUGAGCUGAAGGAAGAGGUCGUUCACCGAAAUUUCGCCAAACGUGUACUGGAUGUACGGAAUACGCAAGUAAGUUCUGUCUGUUCUUUGAAUGCUCCCCGAUAUUUUAUGAGCAGCAAAAGCAAUCAACCUCACGGUCACAUGUAA